AUUCCUAUUUUUUUUCUAGGCCUUGCUUUUAGGGUAAAUUGUGACAUGUAUUUGGAGGUAUCCCCCUUUUUAUGCCUGGUCAAUGCCCAAGGGAAGACUGUGACAUGUUGCUGAGCCCAGGACCGAGGUGAUGUUUCUCUUCUGCCUGGCCUUGGCAGCCCACAAAAGGCAUUGUGAUGUAUCUUUCUGCUCAUCACACAAGUAAUGGGACUCGUUUUUACCUGCCAGAGCCCCGUUCUUAGUCAAAAUAGUGGCAUAUCACUGUACACUGCAUGUAGGUAAGGUGACCCUUCUGCCUCUGUCCUUCUCAUAGGAAAAAUUGUGACAUAUCCCUGAACCAAGAACCUAGGUGAUGUGACUUUUCUCCUGCGCCUUACAUACUAUAUAUAUAUAUAUAUACACACACACACACAUAUAAAUAUAGUAUUUUAUAUAUAUUGUAUUUAUAUAUAUAUAUUGUAUUUUCCUGUCUUGCAUAUAAUAUAUAUGCAUAAAUAUAUAUGUGUGUGUAUAUAUAUAUAUAUAUAUAUAUGUGUGUGUGUAUAAAAACUAGGUAAGGUGACUCUCUUCUAUUACCUGGGCCUUGGCCAAAAGGGACAUUGUGACAUAUCUCUUGCCCCAUCACCUGGGUGAAGUGGCUAUUCUCUUCUGAAUAGGUGCUGCCCACAGCUGUGAUUGUUACAAAACGCUGGGCCCAGCACUCAAGUGUUUUCACUCUGCUGCAUGGACCCUGCCCACAGAGGGCAGUGUGAUACAUGUAUGGGCCCAUCAACUAAAAAUGUGACUUUCCAUAUUAGUCUGUUCUCAUACUACUAAUAAAGUCAUACUCAAGACUGGGUAAUUUAUAAAAGACAUAGGUUUAGUGGACUCACAGUUCCACAUGGAUGAGGACGCCUCACAAUCAUGGUAAAAGAUGAAGGAAGAGGAAAAAGGCAUCUUACAUGGUGGCAGGCACAAAGGCCUGUGCAGGGAAACUCCCCUUUAUAAAACCAUUAGAUCCCAUGAGACUUAUUCGCUACCCCAAGAACAGUAUAGGAGAACCGGUUCUAUAGUUCAAUUAUAUUUACCUGGUCUCACUCCUGACACAUGGGGAGUAUUACAAUUCAAGGUGGGAUUUUGGUGGGGACACAGCCAAACCAUGUCACUCUUUGUCCUGUCUGGGCCCUGCCCAUAGGGGCGAUUUUGACACAUCACUGAACCUAGCAUCUUGGUGAUGUGAAUCUCCUGGGCCCUCCCCUCAGUGAAAAUGGUGACAUGUCACUGGGCUCAGUACUUAGGUGAUGUGACUUCCCUCUCCUGCCUGGACUCUGUCCUAGAAGAGAGUGGUAAGAUAUCACUGAGACCAGCACUUAUGGUCUGUGGUAAUGUGAUUCUCAGCUUCUCUCAGGGCCCUGUUUACAAGGGGCAAGGUGACAUAGUGUGGGGACUAUCUCUCAGGUGAUGUGACUCUUCUGCAUUGGCCUGGCCUAAAGGGGGAAUUGUGACAUAUCUCUGGGCCUACCACCUAGGUGAUGUGACCUUCCUCACCUGCUUGUGCUCUGCGCACAGGAAGAUUUCCAUAUAUCUCUGGGCUCAAUACCUAGGUAAUGGGACUCUUCUGCCUAAGCACUGCUUACAUUAGGCCCAAGACACAAUGAUGUAAGUUUUCACUUCUGCUUGGGCCCUACACAAAGUGGGCAUUGUGACAUAUCAUGGGGCUCAUCACCUAGAUGAUGUAAUUCUUUUGCUUGGGCCUUGCCCACAGUAUAGUGACAUAUUACUAGGCAUAUCACCUAGGUGAUGUGAUAUUUCUGCUCUGGCCUGUACCAUAGAGGGCAUUGUGACAUAUUGCUGAACUUAGUGCUCAGGAGAUGUGACUGAUGGGCCAGGGCUGAAUCUACAGGGGAACUGUGACAUAUUUCUUGUCCAGCACCUAGGUGACAUGACUCUUCUUUUUUUUUUUGCACGGGCCCUGACAUCAGUGAGGAUUUUGGCAUAUUGCUGGGCCCUACACCCAAAUGAUGUGACUCUGCUGCCUCAGUUCUGCCAAAUAAAAGCAUUGUGACCUAUCCAAUAGGCUAGAACCUACAUGAUGUGACUUUCCUCUCCUUCCUGAGCCCCGUAAAUGGAGUUAAUUGUGAAAUACUGCUUUGCACAGGACCAAGGUGAUGUGGUUCUCUAGGCUGGGCCCUGCCCAUAAGAGGCAUUGUGACAUAUUGCUGAGCUCAGCAUUCAAGUAAUGUGACUUUCUUGCCAGGGCCCUGAAUAUAGAGGUUUCUUGAAAUAUUCCUAGACCAGCAUUCAAUCAGCGUGACUCUCCUGUUUGGUCUCUUUACACCGGCCUAGCUCACAGGUGUGAUGAUGACUCUCAUAUGUGGACCCAUCCGAUAGGAAAGAUUUUGACUCUCAUGGCUGGAAUUAGGAGAAUAGGUCAGGUCUUCUGUUUUCUGCUUGUGGUAAUUCACAGAAGGGGAUGACACUGAAGCACCAACACACAGACACAGCAGCACAAGGCAGCCAAGAAACCCUGACUGCAAAUACGCCAGUGCCCUUCUGUGGAGAAUACAUGUAAGAUCCGUGGUAAAGUCUGAGUUGCUGAAUUUCUAACCAGCUCAUCAGUAUGCCAAUGUUUUUGUCCCAAAAAGACUAUUUUAUCAGUCUGUAAUUUAAUGAGUCUGUGUUUUUCUCACUUUUUCUGGCCUGUAAAUAAAGAUGGGAGCCUUCAUUUUCCUAAAACAGAUAAAUGCAAAGGAAACCUAAGAAAGAAGGGUACCUGCCAGAUUAAAUGUGAUGGUUUAUUCACAUCAGCUGCAUAAAGAUACUUAAUGAUAAAGAGAAAAAUAAUUAAUUCUAUAGUGAAAAAAAUCUGUCAGCGCUUAUCAACCAAGUGAUUUAUUAACAUCAAAUGCAUUAGAAAAAAUGUUUAUGAUGUGCUGAUGCGCCCAGAAGGACAAGCAUUACUUCUGAGAUAUUGCCCUCCCUAAAGUAAAUUAUAAUCUAAACUUCACCAUAAGGAAACAUCAGUUUUAUGGAAACUGCAGGUCUCUCCUAUGUUCUGUAAUUUUUCAUAGUGAUUUUAAAUAGUCUUUCUUUAGCACCCUAGAGAGCAGGUAUCUCCUCAUAACUUUUUAGAACUUUCUGGGUAAUAAAUACCAUACUGCUUCAGUGAGCAUUUUCUUAAUCCUGCACUGCAUAGACACAAUAAAGAACACAAAUGAAACCUCAACAUUACAUGUUCUCUAUCUUCACCAAAAACCCCAGGUUUUUCCCAAUAGGAAUCUUGAGUAUCCACACCUUCCUAUGUUCAACAGCUACAAAGAGAACAUUUUUAAUAUUGCAGAUUAUAAAUUCAUGGUGACAUUUCUGCAUGGCAUAUAAGAAGCCAUAAUGUAGAGAAAGAAGGCUCUGGUAUAUAGAUAAAAUAUUUUUCAGAGACUUUGACUAUCGUUAAGAAUUUUUUUGCGGGGGGUUGUUAUUUUUUCUUAUUUAUCUAAUUUUUUUUUUUUUGAGACGGAGUUUCGCCCUUGUUACCCAGGCUGGAGUGCAAUGGCACGAUCUUGGCUCACCGCAACCUCCGACUCCUGGGUUCAAGCGAUUCUCCUGCCUCAGCCUCCUGAGAAGCUGGGAUUACAGGCACACGCCACCAUGCCCAGCUAAUUUUUUGUAUUUUUAGUAGAGACGGGGUUUCACCAUGUUGACCAGAAUGGUUCUCGAUCUCCUGACCUCGUGAUCCACCCGCCUCGGCCUCCCAAAGUGCUGGGAUUACAGGCUUGAGCCACCACGCCUGGCCUCAUUGCCUGAACCCAGGAAGCGGAGGUUGUGGUGAGCCGAGAUCGCGCCAUUGCACUCCAGCCUGGUAACAAGAGCGAAACUCCAUCUCAAAAAAAAAAAAAAAAAUUAUCUGGACAAAUUACACCUCCAUCUUGAGAAUAUGCCUUUAAAGGUGUAAGCACCACAGAUCUACCUGCUGUCACCACAGCCACAGGCAGAAGAACGAAGGCAGAAAAACUCCACCCAUUUCCAUCCUUUAUAGCAGAAGAGAUUCAGAAACAAUGAGCUGCUCCAUAGAGAUAAAAAUGUUUCUCUAUUUUUGUCUUCAGGAGCCAUCACCUGACGCAGACACCAGUAAUUUCCGCUACAGUAAUGGAAAUAUGAGCCACACUGUCCUGUCCCUACCAAAUCCAAACGGAACAGGUUCUAGGACUACCCUUUAAUGCAAAGAGGGAACGUAACUCUCAUAAAUGUAUUUUGAAUUCCUCAUACUUGAUUCUGGCCUCACCUUAGAGUCACACAAGGCACUUAAUUAAAACAACAUGGAUGCUUCUGCCCAGAGCAAUAAACAGAAUCCAUGGCAAGGACACAAGUAAGGAGAGUUCUGCAAAAUGGCCAGGUGAUACUAAUUAGAACCAAGGCUGAUAAACCCUUAACUAAGCAUUUCCUCUCAAGCUCUAAUGAGCUUAUAAAUCACCUGGUAAUUUUGGCCCCACUCUAUGAAAUGUAAUUCUGCAGGUAUGGUAAGGGUCCAUAAAUGAGUCUUUUAAACAAGUGCCCUGUUGAUAAUGAUGUUGCUCCUGCUGGGCUUAUUAGCAUUAGUCAGAGAAAUGAGACACAGCACAGAGUCCCUUACACUCAGCACUCUUGUCACAACACAAAUACUUCUGGUACAAAAGAAAUAAUUCUUCAUCAGAAAGCAUUACAUUCAAUCCAAACACUUUGCAGGCCAAGGCGGGCAGAUCACCUGAGGUCGGGAGUUCAAGACCAGCCUGACCAACUUGGUGAAACCCCGUCUUAUAAAAAAAUAAAAAAUAACAAGUAUUACAUUCUUUGCUGACUCUUUAAAGCUUACGGAGAAAACAGAAAGCGGCAAUUUCUGAGUAAGUCUGCAUUGAAAAACAACAUAUGCACAUGUACUAAAGCAAUGUUUAUUUAGCAGGUACUAUGUGCACAAUAGGAUGUUACAGAGCACUGCAAUAGCACGUUAUGUGACUAUAACUAAUACCCUGUGGGAUGAUAAUAAGUGUUCAAUAAUUCCAAGGCUUUAAAGACCCCAGCAUUUUUAUUUCUAUUUCUGUUUGUCAUUAAUUUUUUUCAAAAACAUGCAUAGAAUAAAAGCUAAAUAUAGACAGAUGAAAGAUACAGAAGAAAAGUUUAAUGCAAUUUAGAUAAAUUUGUAUUUACUUUCUUGUGACUUGUGAAUCAAUUACUAGAUCUUAGGGAACAAACAAGUUGCUAAAUGAAAUGUCUCUGCAAGCACUGGUUUUAAUAAAAAAUUUAAGAAGUAAAAUCCUGGAGGACUCAAGAUGGCGCUGUGAGAACAACCCAGGAUUGGAGCUUGCGUUGAAUCCGCAAACGGUGAGUCAGAGCUGCAUUUCCAGACCGAUCUUUGUUGCCCACAGAACGGGGAAACUCCCAAGUAUAAAAAGACACCGGACGCCAGGCAGUAGGUCUGCCUGGCGAAGCUGGCAGCCGGGGCGGCGGUGGCCGGCCCUACCCAGCAAUCCCCACAGGGCGCGCUCGUCCGGGUGCGCUGUUGAACCGGCAACCUGAGACUUGAGAGGGCUGGACUUGAGACUGAACGAGACUUGGACAGUAGUCCAGCCCAGGGGAUUGCAAGGACAGAUCGUUUGGGAUACCCAGUGGGACGAACAAAACCGUGAUUUCAAACUAUCCCGAGCAGACGGUCCGAGACGCUCUGUGGGGGAGGGGCGUCCACCACUACCGAGGCAACCCGCCCCAACUGAGAUACACGCCCACUGCUGACGCAGCCAGCCGUUGCCGAGGCAACCCGUCCCUACUGAGAUACACGCACACUGCUGACGCAGCCUGCCGUUGCCGAGGCAACACGCUACAACGAAGAGUCUGCACCGGAGGGCAUGGCGGAGACCACAGCAGAGCCUGCAGGAACAGGGCGAAUCACACAACAGCAGGGUGGAGCCUUGGCAGCCAAACAGUUGCUAGUCUGCCUUCUAGCUGGGCAGGACACCUCAUCGAACAUCCAAAAAUAAAGCCCAAACCCCUCAACACAGCAUUUGAGAAAAAAAAAAAAAAAGGGUUUUUUAAUGAGCUCUGUGGCAGCAGAAUCAAACAUAGCAGCCUAGCAGCCCUGAAUAAACAAUAGAGCGCACAGCUCAGCAAUUAAGCCUCAAGCAGCUCCCUGACCCCUCUAUAUCCAAAAGACUGACAUUAGGCAGGCAUCAUCCUGGGACAAAGAUAGCAGAAAAAGAAACUGGUAGCAUCCCUCGCUGUGCCACAGCUGCUAGAGGUGCACCCCAGACAAGCAGGGUCUGGAGCGGACCUCAGCAGUCGUACAGCGAAGGGGCUAGACUGGUAGAAGGAAAACCAAGCAACAGAAAUACUUCAUCAUCAACAUUCUGGGUGUCCACUCAGAGACCCAAUCGAAAAGUCAGCAACUGCGCAGACGACCAGCGGACAAAUCCACAAAGAUGGGAAGAAACCAGCGCAAAAAGGAGGAAAACACCCGAAACCAGAACACCUCACCUCCUAGAAAGGACCAAAACUCCUCACCAGCAAGAGAAAAAAGCUGGACGGAGAAUUACUGUGACGAAAUGACGGAAUUAGACUUGAGAAGAUGGAUAAUGAGAAACUUUUGUGAGCUAAAAGAUCAUGUAUUAAAUCAAUGCAAAGAAACUAAGAACCUUAAAAAAAGAUUCGAGGAAAUGAUAACAAGAAUGGAUAACUUAGAGAGGAAUAUGAAUGAAUUAAAGGAGCUGAAAAACACAAUAAGAGAACUUCGCGAAGCAAACACAAGUUUCAAUAGCCGAAUUGACCAAGCAGAAGAAAGAAUAUCUGAAGUCGAAGACCAACUCAAUGAAAUAAAACGAGAAACCAAGAUCAGAGAAAAAAAGCGCAAAAAGGAAUGAACAAAGUCUCCAAGAAAUGUGGGACUAUGUGAAAAGACCUAACCUACGUUUGAUAGGUAUACCAGAAGGGGACGAUGAGAAUGAAUCCAAGCUGGAAAAUACUCUUCAGGACAUCAUCCAGGAAAAUUUCCCCCACCUAGCAAGACAGGCCAACACUCAAUUGCAGGAAAUACAGAGAACACCACAAAGAUAUUCCGCAAGAAGAGCAACCCCAAGGCACAUAAUCGUCAGAUUCAACAGGGUUGAAAUAAAGGAGAGAAUACUAAGGGCAGCCAGAGAGAAAGGUCGGGUCACCCACAAAGGGAAGCCCAUCAGACUCACAGCAGAUCUCUCGGCAGAAACACUACAAGCCAGAAGAGAGUGGGGGCCAAUAUUCAACAUUCUUAAAGAAAAGAACUUUCAACCCAGAAUUGCAUAUCCAGCCAAACUGAGCUUCAGAAGUGAAGGAAAAAUAAAAUCCUUUGUGAACAAGCAAGUACUCAGAGAUUCUGUCACCACCAGGCCUGCUUUACAAGAGCUCCUAAAAGAGGCACUACACAUAGAAAGGAUCAACCAGUACCAGCCAUUCCAAAAUCACAUUGAAUGCUAAAGAGCUUCAACAUAAUGAAGAAUCUACAACAACUAACAGGCAAAACAGCCACUUAGCAUCAAAAUGGCAGUAUCAAAUUCACACAUAACAAUACUAACCCUAAAUGUAAAUGGACUAAAUGCACCAAUCAAAAGACACAGACUGGCAAAUUGGAUAAAAAUCCAAAACCCAUCAGUGUGCUGUAUCCAGGAAACCCAUCUCACAUGCAAGGAUACACAAAGGCUCAAAAUAAAGGGAUGGAGGAAGAUUUACCAAGCUAAUGGAGAGCAAAAAAAAGCAGGAGUUGCAAUUCUCAUCUCUGAUAAAAUAGACUUUAAAGCAACAAAGAUCAAAAGAGACAAAGAAGGCCAUUACAUAAUGGUAAAAGGAUCAAUACAACAAGAAGAGCUAACGAUCCUAAACAUAUAUGGACCCAAUGCAGGAGCACCCAGAUACAUAAGGCAAGUUCUUAAGGACUUACAAAAGGACUUGGACUCCCACACAAUAAUAGUGGGAGACUUUAACACUCCACUGUCAAUAUUAGACAGAUCAACCAGACAGAAAAUCAACAAGGAUAACCAGGGCUUGAACUCAGACCUGGAGCAAGCAAACCUGAUAGACAUUUACAGAACUCUCCACCCCAAAUCCACAGAAUACACAUUCUUCUCAGCACCACAUCACACCUACUCUAAAAUUGACCACAUAAUUGGAAGUAAAGCACUGCUCAACAAAUGCAAAACAACUGAAAUCAUAACAAACAGCCUCUCAGACCAUAGUGCAAUCAAGUUAGAACUCAGAAUUCAGAAACCGACCCAGAAUCGCACAGCUUCAUGGAAACUGAACAACUGGCUCUUGAAUGUUGACUGGGUAAACAACGAAAUGAAGGCAGAAAUAAAGAAGUUCUUCGAAACCAAUGACAACGAAGACACAACGUGCCAGAACCUCUGGGACACAUUUAAAGCAGUCUCUAGAGGAAAGUAUAUAGCAAUAAGUGCCCAUAUGAGGAGAAUGGAGAGAUCCAAAAUUGACACCCUAUCGUCAAAAUUGAAAGAGCUAGAGGAGCAAGAUCAAAAAAACUCAAAACCCAGCAGAAGACAAGAAAUAACUAAGAUCAGAGCUGAGCUGAAGGAGAUUGAGACACGAAAAACCCUUCAAAAAAUCAAUAAAUCCAAGAGCUGGUUUUUUGAAAAGAUCAACAAAAUAGACAGACCACUAGCCAGAUUGAUUAAAAAGAAAAAAAGAGAACAACCAAAUAGAUGCAAUAAAAAAUGAUAAAGGGGAAAUCACCACAGAUUCCACAGAAAUUCAAACCAUCAUCAGAGAAUAUUACAAACAACUCUAUGUGCAUAAACUAGUAAACCUGGAAGAAAUGGCUAAAUUCCUGGACUCCUGUGUCCUCCCAAGCCAAAACCAGGAAGAAGCUGAAACUAUGAAUAGACCAAUAACAACGUCUGAAGUUGGGGCAGCAAUUAAGAGCCUACCACACAUAAAAAGCCCAGGUCCAGACGGGUUAACAGCCGAAUUCUACCAGACACACAAGGAGGAGCUGGUACCAUUCCUUCUGAAACUAUUCCAAAUAAUCCAAAAAGAAGGAAUCCUUCCCAAAUCAUUCUAUGAGACCAAUAUCAUCCUGAUACCAAAACCGGGCAGAGACCCAACAAGAAAAGAAAACUUCAGGCCAAUAUCCAUGAUGAACAUAGAUGCAAAAAUCUUCAAUAAAAUAUUGGCAAGCCAAUUGCAACAGCAAAUCAAGAAACUUAUCCAUCAUGAUCAAGUAGGAUUCAUCCUGGGGAUGCAAGGCUGGUUCAGCAUAUGCAAGUCUAUCAACGUAAUUCACCACAUAAACAGAACCAUAAACAAAAACCACAUGAUUAUCUCAAUUGACACAGAGAAGGCAUUUGACAAAAUUCAACAGCCCUUUAUGCUAAAAACCCUCAAUAAACUCGGUAUCGAUGGAACGUAUCUCAAAGUAAUAAAAGCUAUUUAUGACAAACCAACAGCCAAUAUCAUACUGAAUGGGCAAAAACUGGAAGCAUUCCCUUUAAAAUCUGGCACUAGACAAGGAUGCCCUCUCUCACCACUCCUAUUCAAUAUAGUACUGGAAGUUCUAGCCAGAGCAAUCAGGCAAGAAAAAGAAAUAAAGGGUAUUCAAAUAGGAAAGGUGGAAGCCAAAUUGUCUCUAUUUGCAGACGACAUGAUAGUAUACCUAGAAGACCCCAUUGCCUCAGCCCAAAAACUCCUGAAACUGAUAAGCAACUUCAGCAAAGUCUCAGGAUAUAAAAUCAAUGUGCAAAAAUCACAAGCAUUCGUCUACACCAAUAACAGACUUAAAGAAAGCCAAAUCAAGAGCGAACUGCCAUUCACAAUUGCUACAAAAAGAAUAAAAUACCUUGGAAUACAACUGACAAGGAACGUAAGAGACCUCUUCAAGGAGAACUACAAACCACUGCUCAACGAAAUCAGAGAGGACACAAACAGAUGGAGAAACAUUCCAUGUUCAUGGUUAGGAAGAAUUAAUAUCGUGAAAAUGGCUAUACUGCCCAAAGUAAUUUACAGAAUCAACGCUAUCCCCAUCAGGCUACCAUUGACUUUCUUCACAGAACUGGAAAAAACCACCAUGAACUUCAUAUGGAACCAAAAGAGAGCCCGCAUAGCCAAGUCAAUUCUAAGCAAAAAGAACACAGCGGGGGGCAUCACACUACCGGAUUUCAAACUAUACUACAAGGCUACAGUAAUCAAAACAGCAUGGUACUGGUACCAAAACAGAGAUAUAGACCAGUGGAACAAAACAAAGGCACCGGAGGCAACACAACAUACAUACAACUAUACAAUCUUUCAUAAACCUGACAAAAACAAGCAAUGGGGAAAGGAUUCCAUGUUUAACAAAUGGUGUUGGGAAAACUGACUAGCCAUGUGCAGAAAGCAGAAACUGGGCCCCUUCCUAACACCUUAAACUAAAAUUAACUCCAGAUGGAUUAAAGACUUAAACAUAAGACCUGGCACCAUAAAAACCCUAGAAGGAAAUCUAGGCAAAACCAUCCUGGACAUAGGAGUAGGCAAGGACUUCAUGAACAAAACACCAAAAGCAUUGGCAACAAAAGCCAAAAUAAACAAAUGGGACCUAAUGAAACUCCACAGCUUCUGUACGGCAAAAGAAACAGUCACUAGAGUGGAUCGGCAACCAACAGAAUGGGAAAAAAUUUUCGCAGUCUACCCAUCUGACAAAGGGCUGAUAUCCAGAAUUUACAAAGAACUCAAACAGAUUUACAGGAAAAAAACAAACAAGCCCAUACAAAAGUGGGCAAAGGAUAUGAACAGAUACUUUACGAAAGAAGACAUAUAUGAGGCCAACAAUCAUAUGAAAAAAUGCUCAUCGUCACUGGUCAUCAGAGAGAUGCAAAUCAAAACCACAUUGAGAUACCAUCUCACGCCAGUUAGAAUGGCGAUCAUUAAAAAAUCUGGAGACAACAGAUGCUGGAGAGGAUGUGGAGAAAAAGGAACACUUUUACACUGUUGGUGGGAGUGUAAAUUAGUUCAACCAUUGUGGAAGACAGUGUGGCGAUUCCUCAAGGCCUUAGAAAUAGAAAUUCCAUUUGACCCAGCAAUCCCAUUACUGGGUAUAUAUCCAAAAGACUAUAAAUCGUUCUACUAUAAAGACACAUGUAAACGAAUGUUCAUUGCAGCAAUGUUUACAAUAGCAAAGACCUGGAAUCAACCCAAAUGCCCAUUGAUAAUAAACUGGAUUGGAAAAAUGUGGCACAUAUACACCAUGGAAUAUUAUGCAGCAAUCAGAAAUGAUGAGUUUGUGUCGUUUGUAGGGACAUGGAUGAAUCUCGAGAACAUCAUCCUCAGCAAACUGACACAAGAACAGAAAAUGAAACACCGCAUAUUCUCACUCAUAGGUGGGUGAUGAAAAAUGAGAACACAUGGACACAGAAAGGGGAGUACUAAACACUGGGGUCUAUUGGGGGGAAAAGGGGAGGGCCAGUGGGAGGGGGAGGUGGGGAGGGAUAGCCUGGGGAGAAAUGCCAAAUGUGGGUGAAGGGGAGAAGAAAAGCAAAGCACACUGCCAUGUGUGUACCUACGCAACUGUCUUGCAUGCUCUGCUCAUGUACCCCAAAACCUAUAAUCCAAUAAAAAAUUAAAAAAAAAAAAAAAAAAAAAAGUAAAAUCCUGUAAUACAUACUUUAUGUUUUCCAUUUAUCUGCUUUUGGGUUUCAAAAAAUGUCGAGCACCAGCUCUAAGCAACAGGAUUCAUGACCCAAAACUCUGAUCUCUUCUAAUCAGUUCUGUGAGGCAAAACUCCAGGGUAGAGCCAGACAUAAAUAAGGCCUCCAGAAAGGUUGAAUAUGAACAAGCCUGGGUCAGGGUGUACAGCCAGUGUAGAAUUCUGUGCUCUAUGCCACUGGGGAGUACUUUCAGGGUUUGGUUUUUUUGUUUGUUUUUGAGAUGCAGUUUCACUCUUGUUGCCUAGGCUGGAGUGCAAUGGUGCAAUCUCAGCUCACUGCAACUUCCACCUCCUGGGUUCAAGCAAUUCUCCUGCCUCAGCUUCCUGAGUAGCUCGGAUUAUAGCCAUGCACACCACACUCAGCUAAUUUUAUAUUUUUAGUAAAGACGGGGUUUCUUCAUGUUGGUCAGGCUGGUCUGGAACUCCCAACCUCAGGUGAUCCGCCCACCAUGGCCUCCCAAAGUGCUGGGAUUACAGGUGUGAGCCACCGUACUCGGCCUUCAGUUCUUUUUUUUUAAGGUUAUUUAAUGGAACUUAAAUUGGAGUUUCUAUAAUUUAAACUUUUUUUAGCUUGAACCCGGGAGGGGGAAGUUGCAGUGAGCCAAGAUUGCGCCACUACACCCCAGCCUGGGUGAGAGAGCAAGACUCCGUCACAAACUCUGUGUGUGUGUGUGUGUGUGUGUGUGUGUGUGUGUGUGUGUGUGUAUUUUAAUAAAAUAUUUUUUUCAAUUUUUUGGUUAACUAACAGAUCUAAAUAUAUUUUGUUUUUUGUUUUUUUUAAAGAUGGGGUUUCACCAUAUUGGUCAGGCAGGUCUUGAACCCCCGACCUCAGGUGAUCCACCCACCUUGGCCUCCAAAGUGCUUGGAUUAUAGGCGUGAGCCACUACGCCCAGCCAUGUUUUGUUUUCCGUAUCAUAUAACAAAAGCAUUCUGGUCAGACAUGGUGGCUCUGCUUAUAAUCCCAGCAUUUUGGGAGACCAAGACAUGAAGCCUGUGUAAGCCCAGGAAUUCAAGACCAGCCUGGGCAACAUGGCAAAAACCCACGUCCACAAAAAAUACAAAAAUUAGCUUAGCAUGGUGGCCUGUACCUGUAGUACCAAGCUAUUCAGGAGCUAAUAGUAGGACUGCCUGACCCCAGGAGGUUGCAGCUACAGUGAGCCCUGAUCACGCCAUUGUACUCCAUUCUGGAUGACAGAGUGAGACCCUUUCUAAAAUAAAUAAAUAAAUAAAUAAAUAAAGGUAAAGCAUGUAAACUUAUGGGGGUUUCGGGGGGGGUUUUUUGUUUAUAUUUAAAUUAUUAUUUGAAUAGUUUGGGGGUACAGAAAGUUCUUUUGUGGUAAUUUCUGAGAUUUUGGUGUACCCAUUUCCCAAGCACUGUACACUGUACCCAACGUAUAGUCUUUUAUCCCUUCCCCUUUCUGCUGAGUGCCCAGAGUUCAUUAUAUAAUUAUUUUUUAUUUUAUUUAUUUUUAUUUAUAAAGACGGGGUUUCACCACGUUAGCCAGACUGCUCUUGAACUCCUGACCUCAGGUGAUCCACCCACCUCGGCCUCCCAAAGUGCUGGGAUUACAGGCAUGAGCCACCAUGCCUGGUCAAUUAUGGUCACUCUGCAAGAGUAAGGUGGUAUCACAUUGUGCUUUUGAUUUGCAUUUCCCUGAUCACUAAUCAUUAGUGAUGUUCAGCAUUUUUUUUCUGUUUGUUGGCUAUUUGUACAAAUUCUUUUGAGAACUGUUUAAGUCCCAUCUGUCUUUGUUUUUGUUGCAUUUGUUUUGGGGAUCUUGGUCAUGCACUCUUUGCCUAAGUCAAUGUCUAGAAGAGUUUUUCCAAUGUUAUGUUCUAGAAUUUGUAUAGUGUCAGGCAUAAGUAUUUGAUCCAUCUUGAGUUGAUUUUUGUAUGAAGUGAGAGAUGAAGAUCCAGUUUUAUUCUACAGUACGUGGCUUGCCAGUUAUCCCAGCACCAUUUAUUGAACAGGGUGUCUUUUCUUCACUUUUAUCUUUGUUUACUUUGUCAAAGAUCAGUUGGCUGUUGAGUAUUUGGGAUUAUUUCCAGUUUUCCUAUUUUGUUUCAUUGGUCUACAUAUGAAUUUUUAUACUCAUACAAUGCUGUUUUGGUAACUAUAGCCUUGUAGUAUAGUGGCGAAGUCUGAUAAUGUGAUGCCUUUAAUUUUUUUUUUUUUUUUUUUUUUGGUAUGCUUUUGGCUUUGUUGGGGGUUUAUUAUGUUUUUUUUCCUAGUCUUGCUUUGACUAUGCAGGCUUUAUAUAUAUAUAUAUAUAUAUUUUUUUUUAGGAUUUUUAUUUUUUAGUUCUGUGAAGAAUGAUGUUAUUUUGAUGGGAAUUACAUUGAAUUUGUAGAUUGCCUUUGCUAGGUUGAUCAUUGUCACAAUAUUGACCCUACCCAUCCAUAAGCAUGGAAUGUGUUUCCAUUUGUUGUGCUGUCUAUGAUUUCUUUAGCAACAUGUCAUAGCUUUCACCACCAUGGUUAGAUAUAUUUCUAAUUAUUUAAUUUUUUUGCUGCUAUUUUUAAAUGAGUUGAGUUCUUAAUUCUUGGUUUGGUCACUGUUAGUGUACAACAGUUCCACUAAUUUGCACAUAUUGAUUUUGUAUCCUAACAUUUUACUGAACUUAUGUAGCUAAAAGCUUUUUUUUUUUUUUUGAGAUAGGGUGUUACUCUGUCUCCCAGGCUGGAGUCCAGUGGCAAAAUCUCAGCUCACUGCAACCUCCACCUCCUGGGUUCAAGUAAUUUUUUUGCCUUAGCCUCCCUAGUAGCUUGGAUUACAGGCACCCGCCACCAUACCCAGCUAAUUUUUGUAUUUUUAGCAUAGACAGGGUUUCACCAUGUUAGACAGGCUGGUCUUGAACUCCUGAUCUCAGGUGAUCCACCUGCCUCGGCCUCCCAAAUGCUGGAAUUACAGACUUGGGCCACUGAACCCAGCCCUGAAAGCUUUUUAGGUGAGUAUUUAGGGUUUCCUAGGUAUACAGUUAUAUCACUGGUGAACAUAUACAUAACAUAUACAUAUGUUAGGAGGCACUAAUUCUAACUGAAAAUUUUUGGCAAAUAAAUUCACCCAUAUAACCUUCAUACCUUCUUUUUUUUAAUUUUAUUUCAUUUUUUUUUAGAUGGAGUCUCAUUCUGUCAUCAGGCUGGAACAGAGUGGCAUGAUCUCGGCUCACUUAAACCUCUGUCUCCUGUGUUUAAGCAAUUCCCCUGCCUCAGCCUCCUCAGUAGCUGGGCUUACAGGUGUGUGCCACCAUGCCCAGCUAAUUUUUGUAUUUUUGUAGAAAUAGGGUUUUACCAUGUUGGCCAGGCUAGUCUUGAACUCCUGACCUCGUGAUCCACUUGCCUCAGCCUCCCAAUGUGCUGGGAUUAUAGGCAUGACCCAUCCCGCCUGCCCCUAUUUAUUUAUUUUUUAAACGGGGUGUCACUCUGAUGCCCAGGCUGAAGCGCAGUGGUGCAAUCUUGGCUCAGGUUUGCAACCUCCACGUCCAGGUUCAAGCAAUUCUCCUGCCUCGGCCUUCUGAGUAGCUGGUACUACAGGUGUGUACCACCAUGCUCAACUAAUCUAUGUAUUUUUAGUAGAGACAAGGUUUCACCAUGUAGACUAGACUGGUCUCAAACUUUUUACCUCAAGUGAUCUGCCCACCUUAACCUCCCAAAGUGACCUUCAUAUCUUUUAAGAAUAAACAGACGGGCCGGGUGCGGUGGCUCACGCCUGUAAUCCCAGCACUUUCGGAGGCCAAGGCGGGUGGAUCAUGAGGUCAAGAGAUUGAGACUAUCCUGGUCAACAAGAUGAAACCCCGUCUCUACUAAAUACAAAAAAAAUUAGCUGGGCAUGGUGGCGUGUGCCUGUAAUCCCAGCACUUUGGGAGGCUGAGGCAGGCAAAUCGCCUUAAGUCAGGAGUUCGAGACCAGCCUGGCCAACAUGGUGAAACCACAUCUCUACUAAAAAUACAAGAAACAGCUGGGUGUGGUGGCAGGCACCUGUAAUCCCAGCUACUCUGGAGGUGGAGGUAGGAGAAUCACUUGAAGCCAGAAGGCAGAGGGUGCAGUCAGCUGUGAUCAUUCCACUGAACUCCAGCUGGGGUGACAAGAGCAAAACUCUAUCUCAAGUAAGAAAGACUGGUUAAAGACUUAAAUGUAAACCUUAAAUUAAAAAAAAAACAACAACUCUGGAAGAUGACUUAGAAAAUACUAUUUUAGACAGAAAUUGGCAGAGACUUCAUAAUGAAGAUAUGAAAAGCAGUUGCAACAAAAGCAAAAACUGACAAACAGAACCUAAUUAAACUAAAGAGCUUUUUCAUAGCAAAAAUAAACAAUAAAAUAAAAAAAUCACUGGUGGCUCACACCUCCCAGCACUUUGGGAGGCUGAGUUGAGGGAAAUCACAAGAUUAGGCGCUUGAGACCAGCCGGGCCAACAUGGUGAAAGCCCAACUCUACUCAAGAUACAAAAAAAACAAUUAGCUGGGCAUGGGGGUGUGUGCCUGUAAUCCUGCUACUCAGAAGGCUGAGGCAGAACUGCUUGAACCCAGGAGGUGGAGGUUGCAGUGAGCCAAGAUCACACCAUUGCACUCCAGCCUGGGCAACAGGGUGAGACUCCAUCUCAUAAAAAAUAUGUAUGUAUUCUGUAGGUUUACAUAUAUAUAUAUACACCCACACACACACACACACACACACACACACACACACACACACAUUCUGUACAGAAUAAAACAAAACUUUUCAAACUAUGCUUCUGAAAAAGGUCUAAUAUCCUAUCAUAAAAAACUUAAGAAAUUAAAAAAAAAAAAACCUCACUAAAAAGUAGGCAAAGGGACCAGGCGUGGUGGCUGACGCCUGUAAUUCCAGCACUUUGGGAGGCUGAGGUGGGUAGAUAACAAGGUCAGGAGUUCGAGACCAGCCUGGCAAACAUGGUGAAACCCUGUCUCUACUAAAAAUACAAAAAUUAGGGAGAACAAUCCAAGAUGGCCAAUCACUAACAUCCCGGGAUUGCAGCUCUCAGGGAAGGCGUGGAGAACUAGAGGACGCCACACUUUCAGACAAACUCUGGUCGCUCACGGAGCAGAAGAUGCCCCAGUGGAGGAAACACACAAGUGGCCAGCGUGACUCUCGUGGCCGGCGCAACGGUUCCGCGGGCACCUCGGCGCGGCAGAUCACGGAGCAGAGUAAACAGGUUCGAAGGACCCACACGGGUCCCCAGCAGGACACCAGAGCCCCGCGCAGCGGCUGUGACAGCACCUCGGCACGGGAGCGCUCAGCGCAGAGUAAACGGGACUGGUUCCCCUUCUGACCGAGGUUUGGAGCCCCGGGAAGGCAGAGUCGCCUACUACGGAAACAAGAAGGAAGCCAGACAGGAGAAUCCUGGGCAGAAAAGCACCAUCAGUCUUAACGCCACUGCUCUGGCCCUGGGAACUAACAACCUGGACUUCCACUCAAGAGACCUAAUCUGAAAGUUGGUAAUUUCAAAGACGACAGGAGGAUAAAUUUACAAUGACGGGAAGAAACCAGCGUAAAAAAGCUGAGAAUACUCAAAGUCAGAACGCUUCUCCCUCUAAAGAUGAUCACAGUUCCACAUCAACAAUGGAACAAGGCUUGAUGGAGAACGAGUGCCUCCUGAUGAUAGAAUCACUCUUCAAGGGAAUGGAUAAUAACAAACUUCGGUGAGUUAAAAAAACAUGUUGUAGCCCAACGUAAAGAAACUAGGAACUUUGAAAAAAGGUUUGAUGAACUCCUAUUGAGAAUACACAACUUAGAGAGGAGUAUGAGUGAAUUAAUUGAACUGAAGAAUACAAUACAGGAACUCCGAGAAGUAUGCACAGGUUUAAACACUCGAAUUGUUCAAGCAGAAGAAGGGAUAUCAGAGGUCAAAGUCCAACUUAAUGAAAUAAAACGUGAAGAAAAGAUUAGAGAAAAAAGGAUAAAAAGGAAUGAGCAAAGUCUCCAAGAAAUGUGGGACUAUGUGAAAAGACCAAAUUUACGUUUGAUAGGUGUACCUGAAUGCGACGGAGAGAAUGAAUCCAAGCUGGAAAAUACCCUUCAGGAUAUUAUUCAGGAAAAUUUUCCUAAACUAGCAAAGCAGGUCAACAUUCAACCCCAGGUGAUACAGAGAACACCACAAAGAUAUUCCUCAAGAAGAGCAACCCCAAGUCACAUAAUCGUUAGAUUCACCAGGGUUGAAACGAAGGAGAAAAUACUAAGGGCAGCCAGAGAGAGAGGUCAGGUUACCCACAAAGGCAAGCCUAUCAGACUUACAGCAGAUCUCUCAGCAGAGACUCUACAAGCCAGAAGAGAGUGGGGGCCAAUAUUCAACAUCCUCAAAGAACAGAACCUUCAGCCCAGAAUUUCAUAUCCAGCCAAACUAAACUUCACAACUGAAGGAAAAAUAAAAUCUUUUAUGAACAAGCAAGAACUCAGAGAUUUUAUUACCACCAGGCCUGCUUUACAAGAGCUUCUGAAAGAAGCAUUACACACAGAAAGAAAUAACCAGUAUUAGCCUUUCUAAAAAUACACCAAAAAGUAAAGAGCACCAACAUAAAGAAGAAUUUACACCAACGAAUGGAUAAAACAGCCGGUCAACAUCAAAUGGCAGUAACCUAAAUUUAAAUUGACUAAAUCCCCUAAUCAAAAGACACAGCCAAAACCCAAUGGCAUGUUACAUCCAGACCUGUUUCACAUGCAAGGAUACACAAAGACUCAAAACAAAGAAAUGGAGAAAGAUUUACCAACCAAAUGGAGAGCAAAAAUAAAUAAUAAAUAAAUAAAAAGCAGGAGUUGCAAUUCCCGUAUCAGAUAAAAUAGAUUUUAAAGCAACAAAGAUACAGUGGUAAAAGGAUCAAUGCAACAACAAGAGCUAAUGAUCCUAACAUCCAGAUAUGAGACUUAGAUUCAAUGAGACAGAAAAUUAAUAAGGAUAUCAAGGACUCAAACUCAGACCUGGAACAAGUAAACUUAAUAAAUAUUUAUAGAGCUCUCCACUUUAAAUACACAAAAUAUACAUUUUAGUCAAUACCACACCACACCUACCCAUAAGUUUAAAUGAAACAUUGAUGGGCCAUUAUUAAUACCCAUUUUUUUUCAAAAUAAAGCAAUAUUUCCAUUUACUCUCCCUCUUUCUUUUCCUCUUUCUUCCUCUUAAUUUUUUUUUCUUUCUUUCUCUCAAAAAAAAAAAGAAAUCAACUUGUAAACCUCUAGAUCGAGGUCGACAAUGUCUCUCUCAUUGCUUGAUUCCCUUCCCUCCCUCCCUCCCCGCUUCCUCCCUUCCUGCCUUCCUUCAUCCCUUCCUUCCUCCCUACCGUCCUUCUUCUCUCCCUUCCUGCCUUCCUCCCCCCCCACCCAAAAAAAAAAAAAAUUAGCUGGGCAUGUC